GCGAAAGAAACUUGGUAUAUAAGCCCGCGCAGUUGAGUAUUCAAAACAUCAGUAAACACUGGCUCUCUUGCAAACAAACAUCUUUCCAUUUCUAGUUUGACUAAACAUGAAGAUUGGUUUAAUCAUCGUAUUAGGCUUGGUGGCCAUCGCUGUAGGUCAGCCUGUCGCUGAAGAUGCCGGACUGUCUGUCGCUCUAGUGGAUGAUGCCGCGAUGGAAGCUGAUACCGAUGCUGCCAUCGACAUGAUGCCGGACGAGUCUGCUCUGAAAAUCAUUAUGCACAAACUCGAACACUGGCUAAAGAAAUGCCACAAAAAGGGUGGCUGUCGUGACGAUUACAAUGAUGGCUACGGCCAUCACAGCUACAGUCAUCAGAGUUAUGAAGGAUACAGCAGUUACGGGGGUUACGGCCAUGGCAAAUAAACAGCCUAGGUCAAAAAAAUUUCAAUUGUUUAUAGAUUCCAUGCCAUAACAAAAAUGUACAUGAACGCUCAAUAAAAAUGAUAGAUUUUCAAAGAA